UUUUUUUUCAUUCCUACUCGAAAAGAUAGGACAUUUCUUUAUGUUAUCAGACUAUCAGUAUUCUCAGACUUUUGAAUAAUGUGAAUAAUUCAUAUGCAAAUGAUCUCAUUUCAAUUGCUUUUCUAUGCUACUGUAUUGUAGAUAAAAGAUACUGAUAUUUAUUUGUAUCUGAUAGUAUCAGGGUUGACCAAGGAAUCUAUAUACCUAAUAAAAAAUUAUCUGAUAUAUAUAUAUAUAUAUCAAAUAUAUAUAUAAAUGAAUAAUAUAAAUAAUUAUUUAUAUAUCAUAAACAUUCUAGUGUAUUAAGGUGCGUACAGAUAUACGCGCCGCGAACAUGAGCAAUUCACUUUUAAUCAGCAGACUAUAUCUGUAUUUUUACAGAAACGGCAAGAUAUAGUUAUAAAAUGCUUGGCAUCAGCUGAUUAAAAGUGAAUUGCUCAUGUUCGCGGCGCGUAAAUCUGUGCGCACCUUAAGAUUCCUUGAGGUUCUCUCUUUUAGAUCUGAUUUGAGAACAAUAUAAAACGAGGCCAAUCAGUCUCGUAAACCAACAUCCAUCUGAACAGAGAAGUUUACAAUAUUUGUAACUUAUAACGAUUACAGGCACUUGUAGGAUCUUGAGCUUGAGAUGAAAAUUCAGUCACGCAGUGUCGGUGCGUAACGUAGCCGUGCCAAGUGAGUGAGUGGCAGUAGUUGAGCCUUUGGCAGCGAGAGCGCAUGCCCUCUGUUGAAUCACCUACGUCACGUUUUUUACUAGCAUUCGCCAGCAGCGGGAGCGACGUAUUUUACUCUGUUGCCGCGUUUACUCACGUUGGUUAGUAGAGGUCAGGAGCCGGUGAUUCGUUGUCUUGCCACAGGUGUUUGUCUGUGACGCGUCGUUCGCGCUCUAUCACUAUCUAUCUCUAUCUGACUCAAUAGUGUGUUUGUCUGACUUCCCUCUGUGCGAAAACUAAUCAAUCUGCGGAUGUCGUGAUUUAUGAGUGAUGGAAAAGUGUGGUGCUCACUAAACUUGAAGUGAAUAAAUUGGUUGUGUUUAAUUAUUGGCGUUGAUAACUCUGACAGUAGGCCUAUUAUCUCUCGCAACUUAUCAGCGGCUGAUAAUAAGUUGAUGUUGGCAGACUCUGUGACUUGUUGAUCAACAGUGUUGGGCGUUCCGUGGGCGUUCUCAUCAAUACCGUCACUGUUGUAUCAACUCAGGUGGUGAUGUUGUCGGCUCUUCAAAAAGAAUAUCUGACAGACUGCCCUUGGAUCAGCCACAUUGACUCCUGUUUCUGGCUGAAGUGAAUUUGGUUGAGACCGGAGUGAAGCGCCUGCUAUCAGCUGUGCGACAAGAGAUCACGAAUCAGUCGGAAGCUCAUCAUCACAAUUCGGCACGCCGGCGUGGUGGGGCUUUGGGGCUGCGCCCCCUCGCCCCGCCGAAAACCCCUGACCAGGGGCAACACGACCAUCCCCCUCAUCCCUGCCGCCAGGGUUGUGCUCAAGUCAAAUAUGAUUCGACAAUCCAGCUUCACUAAGCUCGGACACAUGAUCAACACUGCCGUCAACAAACGAUCUGGCAAUGGUGACAUCCAGUGGUGUUUUUCGCAGGUGAAAGGGACGCUAGAGGACGAUGUGACGGAAGCUGAUAUUAUUUCUUGUGUGGAGUUCAACCAUGAUGGUGAUUUGCUUGCCACUGGUGAUAAGGGCGGACGGGUGGUUAUCUUCCAAAGGGAUCCAGUUAGUAAGAACUGCAUCCCAAGGCGGGGUGAAUACAAUGUGUACAGUACCUUCCAAAGUCAUGAGCCUGAGUUUGACUACCUCAAGAGUUUGGAAAUUGAGGAAAAAAUAAACAAAAUUCGAUGGCUGAAGAGGAAAAAUCAAGCCCACUUUCUACUUUCCACCAAUGAUAAAACAAUCAAGUUGUGGAAGGUCUCGGAAAGGGACAAGAAGGUAGAAGGUUAUAACACUAAAGAAGAGAACGGUCAAAUGAGAGACCCUUCCUGUGUUACUGCCCUGAGGGUACCCAUCAUCAAACCAAUGGAACUGAUGGUUGAAGCAUCACCUAGACGAAUAUUCGCCAAUGCACACACAUACCACAUUAAUUCGAUAAGUGUCAAUUCGGACCAAGAAACGUACCUGUCUGCAGAUGAUCUUAGAAUUAAUCUCUGGCACUUGGAAAUAACCGAUCAGAGCUUUAACAUAGUAGAUAUCAAGCCAACCAAUAUGGAAGAGCUAACCGAAGUUAUAACGGCAGCUGAAUUCCAUCCGUUGGAAUGCAAUUUAUUUGCCUAUAGCAGCAGUAAGGGUACCAUUAGGCUCUGUGAUAUGCGAGCAGCAGCUUUAUGUGAUAGACAUUCUAAGUUAUUUGAAGAACCUGAGGACCCAACGAAUCGUAGCUUUUUUUCUGAAAUAAUUUCAAGUAUAUCCGACGUGAAAAUCUCCAACUCUGGAAGAUACAUGAUCUCUAGAGACUAUCUAUCAGUGAAAGUUUGGGAUUUACACAUGGAAACGAAACCUAUAGAAUCAUAUCCAGUGCACGAGUACCUGCGAUCGAAACUAUGCUCACUUUAUGAAAACGAUUGCAUCUUUGACAAGUUCGAAUGCUGUUGGAGCGGCAAUGACUCAGCAAUCAUGACAGGAUCCUACAACAAUUUCUUCCGAAUGUUUGACAGAACCCACAAACGAGACGUGACGUUGGAAGCCGCUCGUGAAAUCGCCAAACCUCGCACUGUCUUGAAGCCGAGAAAGGUUGUACAGGUUGGCACUGGAGGCAAGAGGAAAAAAGAUGAAAUCAACGUAGACUGUCUAGAUUUCAAUAAGAAAAUUCUGCACACGGCUUGGCACCCAUCGGAAAACAUCAUUGCAGUCGCUGCCACCAACAAUCUAUUCCUAUUCCAGGACAAGUUCUAGCCUCUGCCACUCCCUGUUGCUAGAUUUCUGCUUCCAAUGGGAGCGGUGUCCAAGUGGGAAGAGCUAGACGCCCGCAUCGUGCGAAGCCUUAAGAAGUACACUCUGUGGUGACGGCGAUUGAGUCGCGCGUCUCGCAGCUGUAGCAGCAAUCGGCCUCUCUCUCUCUCACUCUCUCUCUCUCUCUCUUCUCCAUAAUGAUCACCAGCAGCCGAUGAGCAGUGCAGCCUGCAACCGAUGAGCUUCCUGUCGGCUGUCGUGUAAUGAAGUGAAGUUCCGUUGUGAGGGAGUUGUAGUUAUGCUGUGAUCAACUGUGCCAUCCAGUCAUUUAUCAUUAUUUAUCUGCGCAACAAUGACAUUUUUAGUUCAUCCCUCUCUAAAAAAACAGCUAUCUCAGUCAUGUGUUCAGUUAUUUUAUUUCUCUUAUAUGAAUUGUAUUCAAAAUUUCUGGACAUUACUUUUGUAAUUACUGUACAUUAAUAUGUAAGCUGCAUCUACAACUUUCUCUCAGUCGUUGGAUCAUCAGUUAUUGUAUUUUAUUAAUUAUUAUUGUAUUAUUUUAUAUAACCUAUUUCUAAAGCGAAUGAAUUUUAAACGUAUUUGUUAAUUUUGUUUCUUAUAAUCGAGUAAAGUAGUUCAUACAGUGUUAUAUUUUGCUAUCAUUGGUUCUAUGAAGGAAGUUGAUUAAAAUGUAUGUAGUUUUAUAUAUUUGGAAAUUUUAUACAAUGAAUAUAGAUUAUUUUAAUCGGUAACAGUUUCAUGAUUAAAAUCAUGCUAGAACUGAUUGAUAAAAUAAUUGGUUAGUAAUAAAUGAAGGCCCUCAUUUCGGAACAUCAGUGAUAAAUUAACCUAUGUAUCAUAACAUGUGCAGAAUCAAAAUGAAGUAAAUGGUUGAAAGGAAAUUGUAUGCAUAAUUGAAAAGUGAACUUAUUUUGACUACUGAAGCCGUGUAAGUGUGUGAGUGAUCUAAAUAGUAGAGUGACUGAACAAGUGUAUUCAGGUGCUGCUGUUAUUGUUAUUAAUAAUUAUUAUUAUAAUUUAUGUAACCAUCGUUCAUCUUCAUCGCAUCAUUAUUGGUGUAACUGGGUAGAUAAUACAUUUGUUAUAAAACGCUUUUUACUAUUUUUACAAUAAUCAGUUUACCCUGAAGUUUUGGACUCGCUUGAAAAAACUGGAGCAGAUCUUGUUAGUCUUAAAGCCUAGCUACUCUACUCAAACAUCGGACAUGAUAACAUUACAAUACACGUAUCGUUAUAUUAUAAUGUAUGCUUAAUUCCAUUCAUAUUUCCAAUCAUUUGUGAUAUUUGAACAAUAACUAGAGUUUCCUUGAAUUCCACACAAUAAAAUUUACUAUUUAUUUUCAAAAACAGUUUUUGUAACUGCCCGUACUUCUUUUUUAUUGAAUAUUUGUUAGCAAGCGAAUGUUGGUGAAUAAAUUAUUAUGACAAAAAUAAUAGCUGUAGAUGUGCUGUUCAGCAAAUUCCUAAAAAUCAGCUACUUAAAUUAUACUUUUGGACUAUUUUUUAAUAAAUAAAAGUGAACUCCA